GAAGCUCGAGGGGACACCCUUUUUCACAGCAUGUUCUAGACGCUGACUUGCCUCAGGGGUUUAGAGAACUUAACAUCUGGUACGACGGGUCGACUGACCCCUCUCGACAUCUGAGGAGUUUUGAAAACAUGGCGGUAUUGCACCGCUACAAUGAUCCCGUUCAAUGUCGAGCGUUCCUGACGACUUUGCGAGGACCUGCGCAAGACUGGUUUCAUCAAUUGCCCCCGGGAGCCGUCAGGGACUUUGACGGAUUUAGUUCAAGUUUCCUGAAUCAAUUCGCAAGUGUAAAGGCCCAAGAAAAGUCUUACCUUACCCUGAUAGGCAUGCAACAGAAAGAAGGAGAAUCAUUGAGGGAUUACGUGGCAAGAUACACUCGAGCAAGCGUCGACGUCCCCUCAGCCACUGAGGAAAUCAAGUCGGGGGGACUCACUAGAGGACUCCUCCCAGGAUUGUGCAGAAAUUCCUUGGCAAAGCGACCCGGGAGGACGUUGGAUGAGGUCCUAGGAAGGUGCGUCAAAUACAUGAAUGUCGAGGAAGCCGAAGCCGACUUUUUGCAAGCGGCUAAAGCAAAGACUGAAUCCCAGGACGAGAAGAAGGAUAAGAAACCAAUCACGUCGGGAGAAAGGAAAGGAUCCCCGAAGUCAGAAUGGGAGGGGCGAUCAAGGGGAUGGAGGACAACUCAGUAUACCCCCAUGUCAGCCUCGAAUGCAAGGAUAUUGGAGGUAAUGGAGAAAGAAAUUCGCGAAAGUGUUGUCAGGUGGCCACGGACGAGAAAGGAUGGACCGACAAAGCCCAAAAGUGAUCUGUAUUGUCGAUUUCAUAAGGAUUACGGGCAUAAUACCGAAGAAUGUCGGCACCUGAAGAAUGAGAUCGAGAGACUAAUCAAAGCAGGCCAUCUAAAGGAGAAAGUAAAGAUGGUGCGAUUUGUUGUAGUCGACGUCGAGUCGGCUUAUAAUGUGAUUCUAGGAAGGCCAGCGCUCAACGCAUUCCAAGCGAUAGUGUCGACCUACCACAUGAAGCUGAAGAUCCCCGUUGGAGAUAAAGUAGGGGAGGCCCGAGGAGACCAGAAGCUAUCAAGAACUUGUUACCAGAUAGCUGUGAAAACAAACCAACGAACAGAAGUUGAGGGAAAGAAGUCGGUGAUGAGCGAGAAAAGGCCAAGAAAUAGUGAUCUCGAACCACACGGAGAGCUAAUGGAGAUACAAAUCAGAGAAAUGAAGGAACAGACCACUAAGGUCGGGAAAGAUCUGAAAGACGAGUUGCGGAACCAACUCAUCACACUACUAAAGGAGUUCAGGGAUGUCUUCGCCUUCACCCCUGAGGAGUUGACGGGGAUCGACCCCACUAUUAUGGAGCAUAAACUGAAUGUCGACCCCCUCAGAAAGCCAGUAAAGCAACGACUUAGACGCCAUGGUGAAGAAAUCGACAAAGCAAUUGAAAUUGAGGUGGAUAAGUUGCUGCGAGCAGGACACGUCAAAGAGAUCCAAUUUCCCGAGUGGAUAUCCAACACCGUGAUGGUGAGAAAGGCAUUAAACAAAUGGCGCAUGUGCAUCGACUUCCGUGACUUAAACUUGGCCUGCCCAAAAGAUCAUUAUCCCUUACCACGAAAUGAUCAGCUCACCGACUCUACGGCUGGUUGCGAAUUACUGAGUAUGAUGGAUGCAUCUCAGGGAUACCACCAGAUUCCAUUGUGCCCGGAGGAUCAGAGUAAGGUGAGUUUCGUGACGAGUAAAGGGAUGUACUGCUAUGUCGUCAUGUCCUUUGGGCUUAAGAAUGCUGGAGCAACCUACCAACGGUUGAUGGAUCGAAUGUUCAAAUCUCAGAUUGGGCAAAAUAUCGAGGUAUAUGUGGACGAUAUCUUGGUAAAGAGUAAGGCCUCAACCUCACACCCAGACGAUUUGAGGGAAACGUUCAAAACCCUUAGGGCGUUCGGGAUGAAGCUGAACCCAAACAAGUGUGCCUUUGGAGUAAAGGCAGGUCGAUUCUUGGGGUAUAUCGUCACAGAGCGAGGAAUCGAGGUGAACCGGGAAAAAGUGAAAGCCAUACUCGACAUGGCUCCACCAAGAAAUAUAAGAGAUGUGCAAGUUCUGACGGGACGAAUUGCGGGGCUGAGCAGGUUCAUUGCUCGAGCCGCAGAAAAAAGUUUCCCAUUCUUCAGAUUACUCAAAAAGAAGUCGACCUUCUCAUGGAGUGACGAAGCACAAAUGGCCUUCGAAAAGUUGAAAGAAUUCUUGGGCGAGUUGCCUUUGUUGACAAAACCAGAGCCCGGCGACGAGCUGGUGCUUUAUAUAUCUGUGGGUUCGGUAUCACUAAGUUCAGUGUUAUUGCAAGAAGAAGGAGGUGUCCAACAACAAAUUUACUACACCAGUCGAGUUCUUCAGGGCGCAGAGACGAGAUACUCUGAGAUCGAGAAAGCUGCUUUGACACUGGUCAUAACGGCUAGAAAACUAAGGCCAUAUUUUCUGAAUCAUGUUGUAGUAGUCAGGACGAACUUUCAGCUGGGUGAAACAUUGGGCCGACCUACGGUAUCAGGUCGACUCGUUAAGUGGGCAAUCGAGCUGAGCGAAUAUGCCAUCAAGUAUGAGCCGAGGCGAGCCAUAAAAACUCAAGCCCUGACAAACUUCAUCCAAGAAGGUACCAAGGGAGAAGAAAAUAAAUUGGUCAUGCACGUAGAUAGGUCCUCAGCGGCCAAAGGGUCUGGUCUGGGAAUC